AUGGACCAACUCAGCAAUGAGACACACGGUGCAGUCUCGGCGAGGCUGGAGGAUCAACGACUUAUGACCUUCGUGCCCGUUAUGAUCAGCAUCUACUUGGUGACCUUGCUGAUAGGGACGGCUCGAGUGCUGUACCUGUCAAAGCGAUCCGAGCGAGAAUCCAAACCAAUGGGAAUGAGUUCCAGUUCCAUCAUGCCUAUCGAGCCUGAACCGGUCAAGCCGGUUAGGCCGACAGGUCUGACCAAGACACAGUCCACGAUUUCCGUAGGCACGAGCCUCAACACGAGCCCGAAGCGGCACCGGUGCCACUUCAGCCGCAGGAGAGUUGUGCAGAUCGUGUUCGGGUGCUGGUACGCCAUUUGCCUGGGUUUUGUUGUCUACGCCUUGGUGGAUGAGCAGUUUGCCAAUCGAAAAGCGCUGGCUUGGGAGGCCUACACAGCAUUGCUUGCCUUGUCCUGUGCCUGGCUGCUGGUGCAAGUUGCUUUUCUCCCAGUCAAGAAAUAUCCAAAGAUGGGUUUCGUCGUGGCAUCGCUUACCGGGACAAUGCCAGCCAUGGCAGAUGGUUUCGAUACCCUCAGGGACAUCGUCUUUGGAGGCCUCUGCCUCCAUUCGGACAACGGCUGGACGCAAGCAAUAGGGGUGGUUGCCUGGGUCUACGUGCUUGCGUUCCACGUGCAUUUGUUCCGACAAGAUAGGAUGAUAGCAGAACUGGCAACUCACUGGCUAGCUGUGUGGACUAUGCCUCUUGACGUCUCGCUUUCUGAAGCAUCACAAAAUAAAAAACAAGACUUCUGGAUGAAGGCCAAGGCCAAGAUUGUGCCUGUGCUCUACAAGCAGCUCACCCCUGUGAAAAGGCAGCUCCUGCUUGUAGAAAACCUUCCGCAGGCCUUCAUGGGUGCUGCCUACCUCUUGCUGGAAGCUGAUGAUGAAAGUGGCAGCCCAAUCACGGUACUGGUCUUCAGUAUUGCCGUGCCGAUGACGCAAAUCCUCACCUCACACCUCCUCUUUCAUCGGGUGCGCCGGCUUGCCGCGCCCUUCUAUGCCAAGAAGCUCAGCAUGGCUAUACAUCGCAAGGACACCUUAUUGCUGAACCGCCUCCGUGAGGAGGCCGGCUUCCUGGAGGAUCCCGCUCUCUUGAUCACUGUGAUGGAACAUUGCAAAGAGUUCCAAGUCUUCCAGGACAUGUUCGAGGGAGGACUCCAGCUGGCCCUGCUCGAAGGAGAUCAGUCACAGAGGAGACUGGCGUUCAUCGACAGCUGCAUCAAUACGAUGAUGGACCAUGUCUUGCAGAAGGAUUCGAACUAG